AUCUUUAGUUUAAUUUUCAAAUAGUAGUAAAAACCGAUAAACAAAAAAUGAGUUUUACUGUAUUAAAAUGUUAUUGCAACGUCUUUCGGUCAUUGUCUCGAUCUAAUUACCAUAGUGCUAUAAGCUUGAAGCACUUACAUCCAAAAAGUUCGCUGAAAAUAACUACACCCACGCCUCAACAGAUAGCUGUUGACAAAAACAAUUUUUCGGGCUACAUACCAAUUGAAGAGCUAGAAAUCACAUAUAGCACUUCUAGCGGACCAGGUGGUCAACACGUCAAUAAAGUUCAGACCAAAGUAGAUUUAAGAUUUAAGGUGGAGUCUGCCAAGUGGCUCAACGACGAAGUUAGACAGAAGCUAAUAGAUAAUAACAGAAAUAAACUGACUAAAGAUGGAUAUUUAGUGAUUCGGUCAGAAAAGACUAGAACACAACAACUUAAUCUUGCUGACGCUAUGGAGCGUUUACGUUCUCUUAUUUGGAAAGCUGCUGAACCAGAACCCAAACCAUCUGAAGAAACUAUUGAAAAGAUCAGACGCAGAGUCGAAAAAGCAAAUCGCAUGCGAUUAAUAGAGAAGAAAAUGAAAUCCAUAACCAAGAGUAAUCGCCAAGCACCAACUGUAUAAUGAUUUUUACUUGUAUCUUUUAUAAAAAUAUAAAUUUGUUAGAUUGAUUUCAUAA